CCGCCUAUUCUUGACUUACCAUGAUGCCUCUUAUCGUUGGUCAAGAUAAAUUGUCACCCGACAUGCUGUCGCCACAAACUUUUGUAUUUCCUUUCUAUGGCAACGCGUAACACAGCCAAGGAUCAUCUGUCAACACUCCCUAGCGAUAUACAACACAUAGUUUUCAGUCAUUUGACUUUUAAGGAACGAUGGCAUUAUGCCUCUGUAUGCAACGAUUGGCGCUCUGCGAUUUUGGAAUGGCAGGGCAUGUGGGAAAGUUUGUCAAUGGACGAUGGGCACAACAUCGUACCUGACCUCCUCCCGUAUCGAUCGUGCAUCCGUGGAUCUGUUGUAAAACAAAUACGCGUGCAAGCCAGCUAUGACAGAGAUCAUUCGACAGCUGUAAUUAAUUUCUUAACCGAUCUGAAAUGCGACGCGAUUGAAGAAGUUAAAAUAUGCUCCAGCCUUGUAAAACAGUCAGAUUUCCUAAAGUUAAUUGGUAUAUGUGGCAGCACACUUACCCGCGUUUCUAUCGCACACGACGAAGAGGACCAGACCAAUACUACCCCUGACAUGAUACUGUGUUAUUGCCCGAACCUUCGCCAUCUGUCCUACUAUGGUUUCGUAUAUGGCGGUGAACAAAAUAAACCACAGUUGGCGCCAUCGUUCAAACACCAGCAUCUCGUGGACUUGAGUUUAGAGUUUUGUAACAUUGAUAAGGAAGGCAGCUUUGAUCCGUUACCGUUCCUGAGAACAGCAACAAAUCUCCAGCGACUCUCCUUGUGCCUGUGUAAUAUCGUAGCAACUGGCCAUUCGCUUCCGUCGCUUUUACGUGAGCAUUGUCCAAAACUUGUAUCUCUUUUCCUCGCCGGUUAUGAGGAUGGUGGAACACUCGACCAGGCAGCAUACGACCAGUGCGAAUGGAAGUCGAAAACAGUGAAAAACCUCUCAACUACCAAACCUAUAUCUUCUUCUUUGGAGCGACUUGCUUUGCACGAUUCGCAAGAUUUCUAUAAUGGAUCGCAAGACCUUCUUUGUGCGAUUGCAAGAGAUUACCGAGAAAGCUUAAAGUUUUUAGAUCUUAAAGGAGCCACACUCACAUCUGAAAGUGUUUUCGGACGAUUAUCAGUACUCGUUUUCCCUUCCCUUGAACGCCUCGAUCUCAGCCAUAUCGACAACGAACCAAACCUUACGCAUCUUUGUCUUCAUGAUAAACACGAUUGCAUUGACGAUACAGUAUUGGAAGCCAUUGGUAUUGGCGCCAAAUCUUUGGAAACACUAGAGCUCAACUCCUGUGUAAGCAUCACUGCUGAUGCGCUAGCAAAGCUCUUGACGGUGUUAUUAGCGACAACAAAUCAGCAGACGGCACCACUACUACGUUCAAUAAAGUUCAACCAGGCCCCAGCAGCUGUGACACCUCAAGUCUUGGACGUGAUCGCUGAAAAGUCGAUGAACUCGAAUUCGACACAUGCAUCGAUGCCGGUCGUCUUAAAAGGAAACGGCGGUAUAAUGGAUCCGUUUCAGAUUUGCAGCUGAAAUAGAUCAUUCAGACAAAAGCGAUACUGCUCUGGAACAGAUUUUGGAAAAACUUGACCAAAAAGCCA